GCAUUGCUCGAUUCCCUCGGCUGCAGAGAGGGCCCUUUGGAUUUCUUUCCAGAGUGGGAAAGGGCCGGAGGAGACACACACCAAUUGCCCUUUCUCAGAGCGGCGCGGGAGGGAGCUUCGGGAGAGCUUCUCCUCCUUCCUUCAGGUGGAGACCAGAGUCAGCCUCAACUUCAUUUACACUCACAGAGAGAGAGAGACAGGAGCGGAGACCUUGGCGAGGAAGGGGAAGAAGAAAAUGCGCCGAAACUUUGGGGGCAAACUUUCCCCUCUUUUUUAGCCCAUCGUUGCCGUCCUCCUCGGCUUCUCCUUUGGAGAGCGUGCGGGGCCGGGAAGGGAAAGGAAGGGAAGCAGGAGAGAGCUCUUUCCAAGCCUUUCGGGGGAUCGGGAGACAAGAGUUGCGCGGAGAGCAGAGAAGGAAGGAGGCGUGGAGGGAGGCAGGAAGCCAGGCCGAGAGCCGCGUCCUCGGCGCCUGGGGAGCCGGGCUUAUGGACGGGUGAAAGCAGAGCCUCCAUUCCGCCGCCCUCCUCGGCCUCGCCUCGCAGGAAGGAAGCAAGGAAGGAGGAGGAGAAGAAGGGCGCCGCGCGAGCCCCGGAAACGAGCCGCCCGGACUCUGCGUCCAGCCACGCGCCAAGAACCAUGAACUUUCUGCUCACUUGGAUCCAGUGGGGCUUGGCGGCGCUGCUCUAUUGCAACAACGCCGAGCUAUCACAGGCUGCUCCUGCCCAAGGGAAUGGGGAGAAGCAACACAGUGAAGUUAUCUCAUUUUUCGUGGUCUACAAUCUCAGUGCCUGCAGGCCGCUUGAAACCAUGGUGGACAUAUUCCAGGAAUAUCCUGAUGAGGUGGAAUUCAUCUUCAAGCCAUCUUGUGUACCCCUGAAGAGAUGUGCAGGGUGCUGUAACGAUGAGGCAUUGGAGUGUGUACCCACAGCAGUACACAAUGUCACUAUGGAGAUCAUGAGAAUUAAGCCCUUUCAGGGCCAGCGCAUAAACCAGAUGAGCUUCCAAGAGCACAGUAACUGUGAAUGCAGACCAAAGAAAGAAGUCAGAACUAGACAAGAAAAAAAAUCAAAGCGAGGAAAGGGGAAGGGUCAAAAGAGAAAGCGCAGGAGAGGCCGGUAUAAACCACAAAACCUUCACUGUGAACCUUGCUCAGAAAGGAGAAAGCACUUGUACAAACAAGAUCCCCAGACCUGUAAAUGUUCCUGCAAAUUCACAGACUCACGUUGCAAGUCGAGGCAGCUUGAGUUAAACGAGCGCACUUGCAGAUGUGAAAAGCCACGACGGUGAGCAGCAGAGAAGAAAGGGGAAGGGUGGGGUGGGGAACAGCCUUGGAUCUGGAGCCUGAUUAUCUCGCCUGGUCAAGAAACACUAAUCCAAAUGAACACUAAAAUGAAGGAUCGGUUGAGCACAGCACUUUUUUGAGUACGGACGAUGGACUCCGGAAGGAACAUUCCCCGAGGACCCGCACAGAAUUCACCUUUUGGAUUUGGACUGGUUUUAUUGAGAAACUUUCCUUGUCAUGCUGCUAAAUAGUGGAGCCAGGGAGAAUGGAGUGGUGUAUAUUUUGGGGACUCCCAUUUCACAUGAAUAAUAUAUAAAAUGUAUAUGUGUGGGUAUGUGUGUGUGUGUGUGUGUGUAUGUAUGUAUGUAUAUAUAUAUAUAUAUAUAUGCACAUAUGUAUACAUAUACAUACAUAUCUUCUGAGUUUUAGAAACAUUGCUAAUAUUGGUAUCUUCACUGGAUAUAUUCAACUGCUGUGGACACAAGUGGGCUACUUGGGAAGAAACUCUGAUUGGGCCUUAGUCAUUGCUCAGUUUUAACUUUCAUACUCUUGCUGACUGUCUAAAGCAAAACUAGUCUGCUACCCUCAAUUUGUUCUCUCCGAUGUGGUGAGAGAAAUUUGUACAAGAGAGGAAGAGGCAGGUGACUCCAAAGAUGGCACCGUGGAAUACUAUGGGUCAAAAGGUCAAAAGAAAAAAGGACUCUAUCGCUUUGGGACUGAGGGAUGCUGUCAACUCUCUCCUCCUUUGGCUCACAACCUGCCUGCUUUGCUGGGACAUUGGUGUGCAUUUUUAUAUUCACUUGCAACGGAAACUUUGUCAUGGAUCUACAUUCUGGCCUUAACGAUGGUGAGCCUGCUGAUGCAAGGACUCUAGAAGGCAUCACUGGAAUCUGCGAUCUUCCUCCCUGUUGGCUACUUAAGUAAAGGAGAUAACAUAUAUUUAUAUAUAGCUAGCAGAACACGGAAGCAAGAAUGGGGACUGGUCUAUUGCCAGGCAGUUGAACAGGACUGUCUGCCAUGAUUAUGCACAGAGCUGCCACUGAAGACGCUUAUGGAACAUCUCCGGAAAGGGAUAUUAAUCUAAAGUAUAUAUGUACAAUAGGCAAGGAUGUGUGAGUGAGUGUAUAUGGGGUUGGUAUUUGAAUGCAACCAUACAGGCAUUUGGGGUCCUAAUGCAUUCAAAAUUGGGUGGGUAAAUUUGUAGGCCUGUGAACAGUGUCCAAUGAGAGGCUACUUCUAGUGCUGUGAAUUUAUGAAGAUUCUCAAUCUGUUGUGACAUGACUGUCCAGGCAUUGUAUGCUGUGCUGCAAUUACUACUUAGGUCUUUUUUUUAAAAGUAUGCACACUUCCACUGCUUUAUUGGAAUGAGUGGGGUGAAGUCAUCUAAUUACUGCUUUUUUGAGAAUGUCACCUAUCCUAACAAUAUGCUGCCUUCUUUACCGGAAUAUGUCUUUAGUUGCAACAGAAACUUACUUAACAGGACACUAGCCCAAUUCAAAUGUUCAUUCUUGUGAAUUGGGGAAAUGUUGGGUUAUGUUUUUAAUUCCACCUCUCAAAAGAGUUCACAAAUGCACAAGGAGUCUUCCUGAAGGUGGGAGUUCUCCGCUUAAGGGGUGAUAACUGAAUCCUGUGAUGUUAGCUUGGGAAGAACAGCAUGAAGCUAAAUGUGUAGCCUAUUACCACUUUCACUGUGCUUAACCAAAUUCAUAUGAGUAAUGUGUGGACAGGGCUACUGUAAAGCAUAGAGAGACCAACAAUCCAUGUUUUGCAAUCUCUUAAUAUUAUUUUCCAUGUAAACCUCACAUUGUUUUCUGGAAGUUGAUGCUCACCUGGACAAGGACUCUCUUUUAGUAAUGUGCAUCUUUAGAUAAUGUAAAGGAUGCAAAAUUCCCCCAUAUGUUUCAUUUGAAACUUUAGGCCUUAGGUCAACAUUCCCAACUGUGCGUGCCUUCCAGAUAUGUUCCACCUCAACCUGCCAUCACGAUGGGGCAGGUUGUUGUGAUGAGGGCAGAGCAUUUGGUGGAAGGCACCCAUCAGAGUUGUCUGACAUGCUGAAUGAUCUAUGUAAGUCUAUUGUUGAUACGACUACUCCCAUUGAUCUUGAGAGAGCUGCUUUUGCACUAGAAACCCACGCAUCUGCAGAGCCUGGCUAGGAUUGCUAGAGCCCCACAGUGGCUGCUAUUUUAGGGCUCUUUAGGUCUUUGCAGCAUUACUCAACUUCUUUUUAGAAUAAAGUACAGUUAAUUUUUAGAUGAAUUAUAGGUUAGUUGGUGCUGUGUUGUUAAUGUCAGGCCCACUUUGAAGCCACUAUAAAACUGCAAGAUGCACCUUUGACUCCUUUUGGCUACGCACAGUUUUUGCCCCUCUAAAUUGACCCUAACUAGAUAAUUGUGUUUUGGACCCCUUUGGAUUUGUCCAGUUGAUGAGAAUCCACUUGAAUGGGCUCAGAUUUUGAUUAAGGGAUACAGAGAUGCUUACGUUGGUUGAGGCCAUAAUACUCAGUGCCUUCCAACUUAAAACACUUGAAACAAGCAACCCAAAUCACUAGGCAUCUGGGAAGCAUUCUGCUCUGGAAAGGAAAUGCAGGCUGCAAGUUCAAAGACAACAAUGUACUUGAAAUACUUGAAGCUUGUUGACUUCCCCAAGAAUUUGUUGGCCUUGUCUGGCUUUACUGACAAGCUCAUGGCAAUAGUGGGGCCAUACUGGUUGCUUUGGCAAGUGUAGUAUCAGGAGCCAUAGGUACAAUCCACUGGAAACUUUUCUUGGACUAUUUCUGUAGUACUUUGACCUUGCAAGAGUAGCAAUGAUUCCAUCUUCCUGUGGAUUGUACCCAACACCUGUGAUGCUCCUGCAGACAGGUUCUGAAAGGCUGUAAGCAGAAAACAAGGGGGGCAGAUAUUACUAGGCUUAGAAACAGCCUUUCUGACUCCCCCCCCCAAUUCCUAAAUAAUUUAUGUACCAUUAGAUAGCAUCUAGUAUAUAGGUGUAUGCACCUAUGCACUACUGGAUGCAUGGAUCUGUGGCUUGUCUAGUGACUUCAGAGAUGUCACUAGGCAAGAUCAGGUUUCAAAAUCUUGGUUGCCUUGGUAUAUUUAAUAAUGGAAUGUAGGGAUGGAAUCUGAGAUAUUCUUUCUCCUGAAAUGUAGUAUUGAAAAAUCCUGGAUUCCCCCCACUCCUCACAAGAGAUUUGGCAUUCUUGAAACUGAUAGAGCUAACCAUCUGGUUGAUACUGCAAAUACACAUCCUAACCCAUUGUUGGGGAUUUGUUGAGUGUUAAAUAUGGCAUGUAGAACAGUGUAGUCAGCCCUCCUUUUCCAAGUGUAUAAGCUCGCUUUCCGUUCCCUUUGCAGGGUUGAAGUGUAUGCCCAAAUUCUACACACUCUGUGGAGAAAUCAAAAGCUGGCCUAAAAUCAACUUGUGUCAAGCGUAAUGAUUAACCACUAUGGAAUCUCCUUCCAGCCAAAAACCAAUGUGGUGUGGAUUUUGUAUGAGUGUGUCUGUGCGUCUGAAUGUGUGUAGUGUGUGUAUGCAUAACUGAAAUGUAGAUAUCUAUGCUGCGCAAGGUGACAAACAUUGUUCUAUAUACUUGUUUAAUAUCCCUUUUUAAAAAAUAGAAAUUAAAAAAUAAUUUAAACUAGGUAUUUUUCAGUAUUCUUUAAUAUUUAAUUUUACUAUUUAUAAAGCGUACCUCUUUUUUGUACUGUUAUGUAUAAAAUUUUAACUCUUUUGUUCCAUCCAGUCUUUCACAAAUUGUUGGCAGAGUCAGUAGCAUGAUCAGUUAUUUAAUUAAUAUCUCUAACACCCAUCCCUACACAUUCCUUUUGAGUCAAGGAUUAUACAUCUACAUAUUAUAUAUAUAUUUGGUUAUAUGUAUGUGUGUGUGUGUAUAUAUAUAUAUAUAUAUAUAUAUGUUUAUGUAUAUGUGUGAUUCAGAUUAAAUAGACACUACGAUUUUUAUAUAUGUAAACUUCUCCCAUCCCAGAAAUAUAGAAAAUUUUACGAUCAUUUUAUUUAUUGGUGCUACUGUUUAUCUGUUAUGUGGCAAGAAAAGAAUUCACUAGCCACACUGGCUAAUCAAGAUUCCAUAUGAAAUAUUUAUUUUUAGACAAAAAUAACAAAUAUAUCUUUAAAAAAACCAUCACUUAUGGCUUUUUUUGUAAUAAAGAAUUUAAUUCUCA